GGCAGGGCCGGACCGCACCGCGAGGGGGGCGGGGUCAGUGGGCAGAUCAUGUUGGCUUGGACUUAAUCUCUGCCCGCUUUGAUUUAAGUCUCUUUGCCUGGCGCUCACUUGGUGCCUGGCACCGGAUUCGGCGCCUCAACGACCGUGGUUGUUUCGAUCCGGUCUUUCAACUUUGCGAGAUGUCUUCCAGAAGUCCCAAAGAUUUAAUUAAAAGUAAAUGGGGAUCAAAGCCUAGUAACUCCAAGUCAGAGACUGCAUUAGAAAAAUUUAGGGGAAAAACUGCAGCCUUACAAGCAUCCAUGGAGGAAUUCACAAGUGGGAAAGGAAAGCUGACUGAUAAAGAGAGGCACAGACUUUUGGAGAAAAUUCGAAUCCUCGAAGCUGAGAGGGAGAAAAAUGCUUAUCAACUCACGGAGAAGGACAAAGAAAUACAGAGACUCAGAGACCAGCUGAAAGCCAGAUAUAGUACUACUGCAUUGCUUGAACAGCUGGAAGAGAAAACAAAAGAAGGUGAAAGGAGGGAACAAUUGUUGAAAUCCUUGUCUGAAGAGACAGAUGUAUUGAAAAGACAGUUGUCUACUACCACUGCAAGACUUGCUGAACUUGAAAGCAAAGCCAGUACACUUCGUUUAUCACAGACUGUAGCUACAAGCUGCUUCAACUCAUCAAUGAGUAAUAUUCAUGAAAUGGAAAUACAGCUGAAAGAUGCUCUGGAGAAAAAUCAGCAAUGGCUUGUGUAUGAUCAGCAGCGGGAGGUCUACGUAAAAGGACUUUUAGCAAAGAUCUAUGAAUUGGAACAGAAAUCAGAAACAGCUGCUCAUUCGCUCUCACAGCAGACAAAAAAGACUGAAUCAGAAGGUCUUCAAGAAGAAAAGCAGAAAUAUUACAACCAUCUCUUGGCAAAUGCAAAAAAAGAUCUUGAGGUUGAACGACAAACCAUAACUCAGUUGAAUUUUGAACUUAAUGAAUUUCGAAGAAAAUAUGAAGAAACCCAAAAAGAAGUUCAAGAUUUAAAUAAACUGUUGUGUUCACAGAGAAAGGCAGAUGUACAACAUCUGGAAGAUGAUAGGCAUAAAACAGAGAAAAUACAAAGGCUCAAGGAGGAGAAUGAUGUUGCUAGGGAAAAACUUGAAGAGGAGAAGAAGAGAUCUAAGGAGCUCUUAUCUCAGGUCCAGUUUCUUUACACAUCUCUGUUAAAGCAGCAAGAGGAACAAACAAGAGUAGCUCUGUUGGAACAACAGAUGCAGGCAUGUACUUUAGACUUUGAAAAUGAAAAACUUGACCGUCAAAAUAUGCAGCAUCAAUUGCAAGUAAUUCUUAAGGAGCUCCGAAAAGCAAGAAAUCAAAUCACCCAGUUGGAAUCCUUGAAGCAACUUCGUGAGCUUGCCUUCACAGAGCCGUUAGUCACUUUCCAAGGAGAGGCUGAAAACAAAGUAAAAGUUGCCUCACCAAAAAGUCCCACAGCUGCACUGAAUGAAAGCCUGGUGGAAUGUCCCAAGUGCAAUAUCCAGUAUCCAGCCACUGAACAUCGAGACCUACUAGUCCAUGUCGAAUAUUGUUCAAAGUAGCAAUAUAAUUGUCCUUUGUCUUGUGUCAAAAGAUUUAAUACUGUAUUUUAUAUUAGUAGAUAUUUUGAAUUCUUUAUUUCACCUCAUAUGAGAAACUGCCUAUCUACCUUUGAGACUCCGGCAUAGAAGUGAAUCACUGUAUUUUUUCGCUGCUUUGCACUUCCCUUGGCAUUGAUACCUCCAUGAGAUGGUGCAUCUUCAGGCUUCAGCGACAGAAUGUGUGAGCAGCGUGUGCCGACAGGACUUCCAUUUUGCACUGUUGAAGUACUUGAUGGGGAAAAGAUAAGUUCAGGUUGUUAUUGUUUGUGGGUUAAAUCUAUGACACCAGCAAGCAAAUAUUUUGUGUUUUGUGGGUUUUUAAAAAUCAUAGGUAAUUAACCGAGUAUCUUACUGUCUGAGCAUAUUUUUUUAUCCAAGCACUUGGUAUACCUACAAUAUACCUACAAUUGAGUCCAUCGUUAAAAGAUGGUGAUUUU